AACGGAGAAGGGCGGGGCCGUUGUCCCGGCGGACGUCGCGGGAAGUAGAGCACUAGUUCCGGCUGCGCGCGGGUCCGUUCGUGUUCAUUCGCCUCUGUGAGUUUUAACGGGGGGCUCUGGGCGGGGCCAACGGUGGGUGGCGAGUCCCCGCAUGCGCCGCGCGUUGGACUCGGUCACGUGGCUUCUGAGGGGGCAACAGAAAGCACGUGUGGAAAGGGGUUGGCGCGCUCUGCGUGUACUUUACCGGUGUACUUUACCGGAGAGUAAGCCCCGGCCCCUUUGAAUUCGAACGAGCCUUGCUUCCGAGUAGAGUAGACCUUGGCAGAAUGGCUCUGUGUAUCUCAAAGGAAGGGCAGGAAGGCAGCCUCAAGUUCUUGAGGACUAGUGUUUUGCUUUGCUUUGUUAAACUCUCAAUGGGCCGUUGGAGGGUUUGUCUUCCCCAAAUCGUCAUGUUGACCGGCGCGGGAGAUGUAGCGCAAGCGCAGCUGAAUUCAGCUGGCCUCGUGAAUUGCCUCAGAACUGCAGCUUUUUAGUGGUUACGUUAGUUCCUGUGGGUUUAUUUCUCAGUGUAUUGGGUUUAAAUGUUUGUUUGGGGGGGGGGUAUACACUUUCAAGGUAAUCGCAAAUAUGUCUGCUGGGAAACAAAUCCUGUGGAGUUAAGGGUAAAGGGACCCCUGACCAUUAGGUCCAGUCAUGGCCGACUCCGGGGUUGCGCGCUCAUCUCGCUUUAUUGGCCGAGGGAGCCGGCGUACAGCUUCCGGGUCAUGUGGCCAGCAUGACUAAGCCGCUUCUGGCGAGCCAGAGCAGCGCACGGAAACGCUGUUUACCUUUCUGCUGGAGCGGUACCCAUUUAUCUCCUUGCACUUUGAUGUGCUUUCGAACUGCUAGGUUGGCAGGAGCAGGGACCAAGCAACGGGAGCUCACCCCGUCGCGGGGAUUUGAACCGCUGACCUUCCGAUCGUCAAGUUCUAGGCUCUGUGGUUUAACCCACAGUGCCACCCGCAUCCCUCCUGUGGAGUUAAGUGACCCUUAAUUUCUGGUGUUCAUAACUCCCACCAUUCAUGUUUAAGCAGAAUAACUCCCAGAGGUCAGUGGUAUUUACUGGCGCCAUGGUCUAAACCACUCAGUCUCUUGGGCUUGCCGAUCAGAAGGUCGGUGGUUCGAAUUCCCGUGACUGGGUGAGAUCCAGUUGCUCUGUCCCAGCUCCAGCCAACCUAGCAGUUGGAAAGCACACCAGUGCAAGUAGAUAAAUAGGUAUCGCUGCGACGGGAAUGUAAACGGCAUUUCUGUGCACUUUGGUUUCCAUCAUGGUGUUCCAUUGCGCCAGCCAGAAGCGGUUUAGUCCUGCUGGCCACAUGACCUGGAAAGCUGUCUGGACAAACGCCAGCUCCCUUGGGCUGAAAGCAAAAUGAGUGGGCAACCCCAUAGUCACCUUUGAUUGGACUUAACCGUUCAGGGGUCAUUUACCUUUACACUUUAUCUUUACUCCCAGUACAGUACAUAGGAUUGUAGCCUUGAGCUACAUGAAUCAGGUUGCGAGGGUCAUGGCAGUUAGUCUUAGAACAAGAAUCCAGACACUUGCGUCCUAACACCGGCUAUGUCAGGCUGCAAUCUUAACCCCACAUACUUGGGGAAUGUAGGAAUUAUUUUCGAGUAGACAUGGCUAGGAUUACAGUGAACAUGAUAGUUCAUACACAAAGGACUCCUGCUGGUGCAAUAGUGAUUUUCUCCUCCCCUUACACCAACACCUUCACAUUGGUUGCAGGGUGGUGGUCAGGAGAAAUCCCAGAACAGCACAGGGGGAAGAGGAGAGUUUGGUAAACUGAGGUAUGCUGUUGCCAUAACACUGUGUUGAAUUCUUCCCAGAAUUCUAAUGGCAGACUUAUUUUAGGAACAGUGUGUUGGUGCUUCUCAUUGGCUCUCUCCAUUUUGUUGCAAAGUGUAGUUUAACUGUGCACUGAUUGUUUCUGCAGUACUUUACUUAUCUUCACUGUCUCAAUUUUGUGAACGUUUGUGCGGUAAUCUACAUCCCACUUUGAAGGUUGAGUCCUCAAAGUGACCAAAAACACUUAUAAAACACAACAGAUACACUGAGAGCCAGUGUGGUUAAGAGCGGUAGUCUCGUAAUCUGGGAAACCGGGCUCGCGUCUCCGCUCCUCCACGUGCAGCUGCUGGGUGACCUUGGGCCAGUCACACUUCUUUGAAGUCUCUCAGCCCCACUCACCACACAGAGUGUUUGUUGUGGGGGAGGAAGGGAAAGGAGAAUGUUAGCCGCUUUGAGACUUCUUAAAGGGAGUGAAAGGCGGGAUAUCAAAUCCAAACUCUUCUUCUUCUUCUGAGAAGCUCAUGUUCAAAAAUGAAACAACCAGGCACACUAGGCAUUAAAUGCUCCUUCCCAUAGGGUGGUUGCUAUAAGUUGGUUCUUUGAGAGUCAGGGAGAGAACAAUCCUACUGGAGGAGGCGCUGAAUUUGCCUUUGCCUGCCUCCCUCCCUCUUUUCUUUCCUGGGCAAUUGGUGUCAGUUGGCCCAGGGCAGGGAAGGACCUGAGACAAUCUACCUGGAGCUGUCCCUGAUGUUUUCUUUGCUUGCCUCUUACUCCACAGGGCGGUUAGCAUCAGUUGGUCCUGUGCUAGGCCAGCUGGCCAGGGAGGAGGGGAGAUUGAGGACUUUAAAAUCACCAACAGAUCUAUGCAAGAAGAAAAUGGUUGGAAAACUCAGAUAAAACAAAGCAGAGGCAUUGUGUAAAAAAUUACAUACUUGGAUUCCUUAUCCAUAGGUUGUAAGUUGUUGUUUUUAAAUUGCUUUUUAAAUGUUGGGGAAUUUCAGUAGGGUGCCAUAUCUACCCUUCUGAUCAUUUUAAGGUGUUUCUGGCUCUUCCUUUCAUUUCAGAUUAAAGAAAAUGCUGUGUGGAACUUAGACAAUUAAGGCUCAUCCGCUUAAACUGGCUGACCGUGUGGAAAUGUAUUCUCUCCAAUCCUGUUCAUGCUGAUAUGUAAGGUUGUUUUUAUCUCUGUAAGUACAUUUGAGUAAAAUUUGUUUUGAAGGUUGGAUUUUAUGUUUUUUGAGGUGUGAAAUCUUAAUUUUGCUUUGCUUAAGAUGUGGUUAACAAUGGGGGUUCAGCCCAAAAUUGAAGAUGACUGCCAACAUGGUGGUGCGAAAUCCUAAGAAAUUCUAGCAGGGACUUCAUUGGGGAGAUGAUCCAAUACCUUGUUUAAAACAUCAUCUGUUUAAAUAUUGCAGAUCUUAAUGGUUGUGGCGGGGGCGGGGGGGACAAUACUUCUUGUAUAAUGGGUCAGUGCAUCUGGCUGUUAACCAGAAAGUUGGUGGUUCGAGUCUGUCUACCUAGGACGGUUAUGGGCAGGAUUCCUGCUUUGCAGUGGGUUGGACUAGGUGACCAUCACAGUCUCUUCCAACUCUACAAUUCUAUGAUUCUCUGAAAGUAGAAAGGAUUAUUAUUGCUACUAAUCUUUCUAUGCUUCUGCUUGUAUACCAUGCAUUUCAGGCUUGGUUACAUCUCCUGUUGGUAAUAAGGAUAGUUUAAUUGUACUUGUGCCUGGAUAGGAACAUGACACAUACUUUGUUUUUAGUUGUAGGCUUCUUGCUAUGAGUAAUCCAAAGUUAAAGAAAAGCAAUGUGAUAGAGGUCAAGUUUGUGGCAGAUGAGGAUGUCCUAAAGCACAUUUCUGAAGAUACAGGUAUGAAUUGCUUGUUAGUGCAAGGACAACUUAUUUACAUAUUUAUAAAACGGUACUACAUUUCCCAGCUGGGUUUUUUAAAAAAGUAAUUAGAAACUCUGGAUAUCUUUAGAUGCCUUUAAAGUUACAUAUUUUUAAAAAGGAGAAUUUCUGGUGCUUUUACAGAUUUUCUUUUGAGUGUAUGCCAUAAUGGAAACCCAGGUUUUUCUAAGAGACCAAAACUCUUAUCCAUCAUCUUGUUUCUUGAAGGAGGUGACUAUUCUUUGUACAGUUCCUCCCGCCACCAAUUAUGAUCUGCUUAUAGAUCAGGACAGACCUUUUAUUCACAUUCAGAAAUCUUAGGAUUGCAAGUUAAUAAUGUUCAGAACUGCAAGGGUAUUACUAUCACUAGGCCUUUGUACGCUUAUCCACGAUAAGCAGACUGACUAGUUUUGGUGCCUUGCCUUCAGUUGAAUCCUUGCCAUCUUUUGCAGAGUAAUUGUUUUUGGUUGCCCUUUCUCAAUAAAAACUGGCUAAGGGAUUCAGUUUGCUAGAAUAUGUUGAUUGCUUAGUAUUUCUAAAUGGAAAUAAAUAUAUGUUGCAUGCAAAGGUUCUAAGGCUGUAGUGCUUAACACUUACUAGAAUACAGUGGCUGUUACUUCUGAAGAAACAUACAUAGGAUUGUGUUGUAAGUGCGUAUGCGGAGAAAGAUUUGGCAGAAACAGGAGAACAGCUAACUGUUUCUGGUUUGUUUGAUAUUAAAGCCUUACUGCUUCUCUUCCAGGUCAUAAGGUUCGAAAGAACAAAGCUGCACAAACGCUUGAUGCAAAAAGAUGGGUGAAGAAAACAGACGAUACCUCAGAUAAUGAGUCUCAGGAAACUUUUAAAGAACAGGAAUAUGUUUCUGUCCUAGGCAUCCAAGGUAUUUAUGAGAAAAGGGUAACACUUUGAAAAACUUUACCCAGCUAUUAGCCUUGUGAAUGUUGGCUAAGAAAUGGCUGUGUUCAGUAGUGAUAUCAAUACAGUGUUAUGUGGGUUGACCCACCCAUUUUCACCGUAAACAAUGUUUGCUCAUUUAACAACAUGCAAGUCCUUUGCAGUUUGGCAGAUAAUUGUUAUAAUUUCUCUUCCCGCCUCUCACAAGUUUGCUUCUGAGGGUUUUUGUUUGUUUGGGUGUGUUUUAGGCUCUUUGAAAAAUGGCUCCAGUGCAGGUGGUGGGGAUGUCUUUCCGUUCCAAACUCCAAAACGUUCUAACAAGAUGGCAGAAAUGGGUAUGGACUGUUUUGUUCAGCAAAUUAACUCUUUGAUCCUAGUCUUAGGAAUGAAACUGUGAAGGAAUAAAACUGUUUGAUCAUUCAGUUACAGAAUGCUUACUUUCUGUAGUUGUUUUUAUGGUUAAGCACUUUAAAAUGGGUUUUUCUCUGUAACUAUUAUUAUUGUAUACAUGCUGCUUUUCAGAACCUUUAGUAAAACUGAAAUUUAUUGUUUGUUUAACUCUGUUCCGAUUCCUUGAUUUUCUUCCUCAACUAAUUGCCUCACCACACUACCCAAAGCAGUGAGUUGGCUGGACCGGUAAGUGACCUGGUUCACACUUAAUGCUAAACCAUGGUUUGCUUAGCCUAACUGUGGCUUGUCUGAAUGAACCCAGCCCAGCAGGCUAACCAUGUGCAGGUAUGGUUUGUUGUUGGCUUAUGAGCUUGUUGGCUUGUUUUUAACUGUUGUUUGAUACUAUCUCCAAACCAAAUAGACUUUCUUAACCAUAGUUUAUUUGAACCCUUCCCCACAAGCUUGACAGGCUACAAAGGCUCAAGGCAAGAGCAGCUGGAAAACAAACCAAGCUUGUGAGAAACAGAUUAUGGCUUAUGUUGUCAACUGUAAGAUAACAAAUUUAUUUGUAUGGCUGGCUAAGCCAAACGUUGACAUAGCAAGAGCAUGCAAACCUGGGCUCUUGGAGAAGAGCAUACAGCUGCUUUGUUGCUGUGAAGUCCUUUUGAAUUUGUGUUAAACUAACCCAUAGUUUGAUCUCAUGCAAGCACAGGCAAACUUGGCCCUCCAGAUGUUUUGGGACUACAACUCCCACCAUCCCUGUCUAACAGGACCAGUGGUCAGGGAUGAUGGGAAUUGUAGUCUCAAAACAUCUGGAGGGCUGAGCUUGCCUAUGCCUGAUCCAAUGCAUCAUCUGAACCAGAUCUGAUGGUUGAACUCUCUCUUCACCACAAGCCAUGGUUUGGCGUAGUGUGUCAUGUGAACCAGGCCAACUGGUAACCAUGGGUAAAGCAAGCCAUAGCUGGGUGUUAUAUGCGAACAUGGCCAGUAAGCUACAUAGGGUAUAGGGCUGUUUUUGUGAGGCAGCCACAGAGCAGAUUAACUUAGCUGCUUCUCUUCCCUUCUCACCUCACAGUGCAGGCCUAUUCUCUCUGCUUUGAUACUGUAUAUCUAGUGUUUGUCAGUGCUACUGAACAACAAAAUAUUGGGAUAUGAGCUUCACUUUCACCACAUUCCUGAGAACCACAUCAGUAACCGUUGUAAGGUCUUGUUGAGGCUUUUGGCUUCUAUUUCAGAACAGCAGCCUUUUUCUUUUGCAUAACAAUCUGCUUCUGAACCUGGGAGAGUUUUAAAAAGUGUUUGUGUAGCAGCAUGGUAUUUGUUUCAGUUCAAAUGUUUACAAGAGAAAAAUCCUAUGUGGUCCAUGCAAGUCUUAGUGCCUCUGAAUCAGCUGCAACAUUAUUGUUUUAAAAAUGCUGGUGGUCACACUCUUGUGGUUAUACCGCCUUUCAUCUGAGGAUCACAGGGCAUUUGUAUCAUAUUGCUUGUAUUACCUUUGUACCAAUAUUUUGGUCUCACCUUUAACACUGUAAUAAAUAAUGACUAAUGAGCAGUUUAUUUCUUUAACCUCAUGUUUCAACAAUGGCCUACACUAGCCUUCUCCAGCUCCCAUCAGCCCCAGUUCAAAACAUCUGGAGGGCACUAGGUUGGGGAAAGUGUUUUAAAUUGUAUUAAUAUGUUGUGUGCAUGCUUCUUUAAUCUGGCAUUUUCCUUUGUUCAAAGCCUCUGAACUAGCUCAGACAGCAGGUAGCAAUGUAAAACAUGAGAAGGCGAAGGAUCCUGAAAAGGGAGCAAGCACUCCUCAAAGCAGCAAGAGUAAGUUCCAUUGAAGUAAUAAACUAAAUUAUCAAAUGCUUUAGUAAGAGCUGUGUUUGGUAAAAGCUGCUUUUAAAAGGUUUUGCUUUGGGGAGAAUUCACGUGUAGCUUUUACACUUACUAUUUCUUUUGUGGGUUAUAUUUUGUAGUAUCUAGGAUUAACACAAUGGUUCUUAGCUAGGGAAGGAGAAUUAGAGUAUGAAUGUCUUGACAAUAAAGGCAGAUGAAUAUGUGCUCUUGAUUAACAUGAGCCUUAAUCUGACAGGCUAGAUUGCUGAUUUUUGCUAAAGAUUUAACACACUUUUUACCUUUUCAUGAUAGCCAUCCAUGUGCCAAGACGUCUAGUUAUUUGAAAUGAAAGGUGGAUUUUGGAAUCUUGUAUGUGUAGCUUUCUACUAUACUUAUUUAUUGAUUAACAAAUUUAUUUUACUGCUUAAACAAAAGACCUUUAAGUGGUUUACAAAUGACAAUCUAAAAUACUCAUUUAAGAUAGCGAUAAAAUCAGGCAUUAAGAACAAGUUACAUAUAAAAAAUUAUACCUAAAUCACAUUCUAAAAUGUUUAAGGAAUGCAUAACUAGUUAGCAUGCAAGUUACCACUAUUAGGAUGCGUUUUGCUAUGCAGAUUAUAGGGAUUUCACUCCUAUUCUAGCACACUUUUAAAAUUGCAGGAUCAUAAUCUGCCACGGUUCCUGUGACUGCAUGAUUAUUCAGUGACUGUUGAGCAAAUGGCUCAGAUAAACUACCUGGCAGUGACUUCAAGAAAGCCAGUUUGGCUCUACAGUUUUCUUGGCGUGCAGUUCAGCUACUCAUACACAAUCAUAAAUCUUAUAUGUACAUUGAGUCCCAGUGUAAAAAUAUGCUGGUAUUUGGGGAUCAUGUGUUAUCUGAGAGGAGAAUUUAGUUAAGAUGCAAUAAGCAUUUGGGGAAUACGAAAUAGUUUAUUUAGGAGAGACUUGGGAAGUGGAGAAGCCUUUGCAGAAAACUCCCAGUACUAGGCACAGAAUUAAACAGAUACAAAAUAGUCAAUAUAACUUAGUUCAUCCUUUUUACAUGGGAAGGCACUGGAUGAAUUUGUCACCUGCAUUAAUUCUGCAUAGAGAUGAGGGCAUUGUCCAAAGUUCAAUAUUAUUUGCAAUCUGAAGUAUUUUCUGGUAUGAGCAUCUGAAGAUGCUUAGUUAAUGAAGUAGAAAAGAGCUAAUGUUUCUUGGUAAUUUGUGACAGUCUUUGUUUAAUUUCCAGAGUAUUCUGCUUCAAGCAAAGGCAAGGUGGAGGUGAGUGGCAAUUUUUGGUGGUUAAAAACAUCGGUCAUUGAUGGAGAAUGACCUUUCUCCAUUAUGUGUAGAAUCUCCCAAGUGUUGCCUUCAGUAGUUUGGCCAAAGACAGGACUAUCUGAGGCGGCUCUGAACAUUUGUAAUCCAGUAUAAUGCUUGAAUUUACAUGCAGCAACAUGCAGUGUUGCUUCCUUUGGCUGAUCCUAAGUUGGUAUUGGGACGCAGGUGGCACUGUGGGUUAAACCACAGAGCCUAGGGCUUGCCGAUCAGAAGGUCGGCGGUUCAAAUCCCCGCAACGGAGUGAGCUCCCGUUGCUUGGUCCCUGCUCCUGCCAACCUAGCAGUUCAAAAGCACGUCAAAGUGCAAGUAGAUAAAUAGGUACCGCUCCAGCGGGAAGGUAAACGGUAUUUCCGUGCACUGCUCUGGUUCGCCAGAAGUGGCUUAGUCAUGCUGGCCACAUGACCUGGAAGCUGUUCGCCGGCUCCCUCGGCCAAUAAAGCGAGAUGAGCGCCACAACCCCAGAGUCGGUCACGACUGGACCUAAUGGUCAGGGGUCCCUUUACCUUUACCUUUUAAGCUGUUAUUAGGUAAAACUGUACUGCUUAGCUAUGUGUUUUUUGUUAAGUUUUAUCCAGCAGUGGUAUUCAGCUGUCAGUGGUAUUGGAGGGAAGACAUUUUCAGGAAUUUCCCCUCCCCUAAAUGUGACUAGGAGAGCUCCCAGACCCCUGGAACAGAUUUAAGGGUUGGGACUACAGCAGGAAGAGAUAUAGCUGAAAAUUGCUUCCCUCCCUGUUCUGCUGAUUGAACCUUACUGUCAGCUGAGUGAUAUAUAAACAUUUUAUCUGGAUUGUACUGCUGACAAGAGAUUCGAGUCAUCUAGCAGAAGAAUGGGCUUGCCCUUCAUACUAGUUGAGAACUGAGUAGCUGGAGGUUUUAGGGAAAAUAGCAUAAAUGGCCACCUACCGUAUUUUUCGCCCCAUAGGACGCACUUUUUCCCCUCCAAAAAUGAAGGGGAAAUGUGUGUGCAUCCUAUGGGGCAAAUGCAGGCUUUCGCUGAAGCCUGGAGAGCAAGAGGCAUCAGUGCGCACCGACCCCUCUCGCUCUCCAGGCUUCAGGAAGCUACCUGCAAGCCUUGCAAGCCCGGCGGGAGGUCCCGCCGAGCGCGCGAGGCUUGGGGCGGCAGCCUGUCGCCCGAAGCACGGGGAGCCCUCCGGAGGGCUCCCGUGCUUCGGGCGAGUGUCCGCAAGCCUAGCGCGCCCGGCAGGAGGUCCCGCCGAGCGCGCGAGGCUUGGGGCGGCAGCCUAGUCGCCCGAAGCACAGGGAGCCCUCCGGAGGGCUCCCCGUGCUUCGGGCGAGUGUCCGCAGGCCUUGCGCGCCCGGCAGGAGGUCCCGCCGAGCGCGCGAGGCUUGGGGCGGCAGCCUGUCGCCCGAAGCACAGGGAGCCCCCUGGAGGGCUCCCCCUGCUUAGGGCGAGUGUCCGCAAGCCUUGCGCGCCCAGCAGGAGGUCCCGUCGAGCGUGCGAGGCCUGGGGCGGCAGCCUGUCACCCGAAGCACGGGGAGCCCUCUGGAGGGUACCCCGUGUUUCGGGCAGGUGUGUACAAGGCUUGGGGCGGCAGCCGCGGCGGGGGGGGGGAAUAAUUUUUUUUUAUUCAUUCCCCCCCCCAAAAAAAACGACGUGCGUCCUAUGGGCCGGUGCGCCCUAUAGGACAAAAAAUACGGUACAUGGAUUUUUCAUGACCCAAGUUCUCAAGUGUUAAGAUCAGCAUGUACUCUGGCCUGUUGCUAGAACAUGCUGGCUUGGCGGGUAUUGCAAACAGAUCAUCCUUGGUAACAGCACUGCUGUAUCCCUGGAAAGAUCUGACAAGUUCCCCCUCUACCCAUUUUUUAAUCAGUAUUGACCACUUUUUUUAGUUCUAGAAGACAUUUUAUUAUUGAUUAUGUUUGUUUUUACCGAUUGUGUGACUGUUACCUUUUAAUUUAAUCAUAUAUAUUCUUCAAAUUUUUGUUGUAAUCUGCUUUGAAAAGUUGGGUUUAAGUAACUUGAAAAUAUAGCUUAUGGGUCUUCCUUGAAAGAUCAACUCGUGGCUUCCUGGAUAUGAAGUAACUUUUGAGAAUAGAUUGAGACUGCUUCAUGCAGUCCUAGUGUUCUGCAAAUAUCCAUAAGACAUUUCCAGGUCUAUUUCAAAUAUGAGUUCAGUCUUAAUGUAUUGAUCCAAAAUUGGUACAUGAUAGCUGUAAAUUUGUAGAUUUGGAAGAAACUAAUCUAGACUGUCCCAGAAGUAGAAACAAGUACAACCUGGGUUCUUAACUGACUUUGCUUGGUCUCUAGGUCUAAUAAUGAGAUUCCAGAGCUAGAUUCUGCAGGUUAUGUUCAGUUUUUGUGUUUAAGGUUUUCUAAACCAUCUAAACAGAUGAGAUUUUAUUUAGAAGAUACUUCAUAUGCUUGCUUUAUUAGCAGAGUAAAAAGAAUGAAUUCAUGUCAAAAACACCCUACAGACUCAGGAAAAGAAUUACGGGUAAGCAUUUGCAUUAAAUUCCAGCUAAUAUAGUUCAGUGGUGUUUUAUAAGAUGAGAUUUCAUUCUUGUGCUCUGACUCUUCAGUUGUGACAUUAUAUAUAACAGUAUAACAGUUUCCAGAGGAGUAGCUGUAUUGCAGCAACUAAUCUUGUAGCACUGAGUUGAAUAAAACUCUCAUCGCAUAAGCGUUCGGAGUGGUAUUCACCUAAGGAGCUGAAUCAGCAGGAGCCCCCCCCCUCUCCUCCCCAUGCUCAACCCCUGAAAUUGACUUGUGGGGGUUAGGGGAACCUCAAGAGCAGGUUCGGAGGAGGAUGGGGCAGAUGGUUUUGCCUGGCAAGAUGAAAUGCUUGCUCAAACAGAAUGUUUGUCAUAGUGUAAUGUUGAAUUCCAUCCUCAAUUUUUUUUGCUCUCUCCCUUGUGCUUUAGUAUUCAACUAAGGUUCACUCAAGAGGGAUGCGGGUGGCGCUGUGGUUUAAACCACAGAGCCUAGGGCUUGCCAAUCAGAAGGUCGGCCGUUUGAAUCCCUGUGAUGACGGGGUGAGCUCCCAUUGCUCGGUCCCUGCUCCUGCCAACCUAGCAGUUCAAAAGCACGUCAAAGUGCAAGUAGAUAAAUAGGUACUGCUCCGGUGGGAAGGUAAACGGCGUUUCCGUGCGCUGCUCUGGUUCGCCAGAAGCAGCUUAGUCAUGCUGGCCACAUGACCUGGAAGCUGUACGCCGGCUCCCUCGACCAAUAAAGCGAGAUGAGCGCCGCAACCCCAGUGUUGGUCACAACUGGACCUAAUGGUCAGGGGCGCCUUUACCUUUACCUUUAAGGUUCACUCAAACUACAUCUAUUGAAAUGAAUGGACCUAACUUAAAUGUGUUCAUUAAUUUCUGUGGGUCUGCUGUGAGUAAAAUUUAGUUGAAUAACACCCAAUAUGUGGGAAAGCAGUAUCCUAAAGAAGGUACCACUUUGUGUGGGGUUUUAUGUUUCAUACCGCAGGUGAACUGUUAACCCUCACUGACUCUAUUGUAUAGAUUACCAGUAAGGUUCAUGGAUACAGUGUACUUGAAUUAGCACAUCAAAACUUGGAGGAAAUUAUGGGCUUUCCUUCCAUCUGUGUGCUUCAGUGACACACAGAGAGAUUUAUCCGAAUACCACUUCCGAAAGCUGUUGCCCAGAUUGUAGGGAGAUCCGGAUGUAACCUUUCUUUAAUGUGUUGGUUUCAAUUAAGUAGUCUUAAUUCUGUAGUGUCCACCCAUUAUUUUUAGAUUGAAACUGCUUCAGUUCUGGUAGGGGAUUUGAAUACAUUAUGGCAGAUUUCUGUGUUUUUUUAAAUCUGGGCAGUCAUUUUUCCACAUUGGCAUAUACAAAGUGUAGUGUGCAGUAGAUAUUGUUCCCUGUAUUUCCAGUGUUCAAAGUGCUGCGAAGUACACCGCUAAAAUAACACCACCUCUGCGGAAGACAGAGGUUUCGACAGGUUCAGGGGAAUCCAAGCUUUGCAGAAGUUCAGAAAAUUGUUGGUCAAAAAGCAAAGCAAAAAAAUGGGGUCAGCCCAAAGCAGACCAAAUGAUGACAGAGUGUGUUUGGUGACCAUUGAGUUCUGGCUGAUAGGGAGCAGGGGAGGAACUGAAGUGCCUGGGCUCCUGAACUCCACAGCAGCAUUUCAGAUGUGUCCUUCAGGUCUAUAUGGAUAAUGGGAACCCUUGGGUUAGGCCAGGGGUGGGCAACCUAAGGCCCAUGGGCCGGAUGCAGCCCAAUCGCCUUCUCAGUCUAGCCUGUGGACAGUCCAGGAAUCAGCGUGUUUUUACAUGAGUAGAAUGUGUGCUUUUAUUUAAAAUGCAUCUCUGGUUAUUUUUGGGGCCUGCCUGAUGUUUUUACAUGAGUAGAAUGUGUGCUUUUAUUUAAAAUGCAUCUCUGGUUAUUUUUGGGGCCUGCCUGAUGUUUUUACAUGAGUAGAAUGUGUGCUUUUAUUUAAAACGCAUCUCUGGGUUAUUUGUGGGCAUAGGAAUUCAUUUUCUCCCCCCCCCCCCAAAUAUAGUCUGGCCCACCACAUGGUCUGAGGGACGGUGGACUGGCCCACGGCUGAAAAAGGUUGCUUACCCCUGGGUUAGGCAGUGGCUUAUUUUCUUGCCACAUACUGUGUUCUUUACCCAGUUUCCCCCUACCUAGACUAUGUUGAGAUUCUGCUGUUAUUUGAGAAGGUGACUCUGUGGCUUAAACAGUGGUACCUUGUUUCUCGAACUUAAUCCAUUCCGGGAGUCCAUUCAACUCCUGAAACCGUUCAAAAACCAAGGCACGGCUUCCGAUUGGCUGCAGGAGUUUCCUGCACUCAAGUGGAAGCCGCAUCAGAUGUUCAGCUUCUGAAAAACGUUCGCAAACCGGAACACUUACUUCUGGGUUUGUGGCAUUCGGCAUCUGAUUUGUUCGACAACUAAGCCGUUCGAGAACCAAGGUACCGCUGUAUGUGUGUGAGGUGAAGGGAGAACUCCAUUUACUAUCUGUAAGGCAACAGCUAUGUGCUCUAUCAAUUAUGCACCACUUGUAAGUGGCCUUUUUUUCUACCCAGUAUAUGCAAUAUAAAGUUGAAGUACAAAAUUUCCAGUGUACAAGAUGAGUUAGGAACGGAAACUCACAAGUCUCUUGCCCAAUGUUUCCUUUUUAGCUUUAAACAUGUGCUCUGAUACUGAAAGUGAUUAUUCCACUUCAUGCUCCGAAGAAGAGGAAGAUGACAGCUAUAAAGAAACUACAGAUUAUGCUGUCGAUCCAAAAAUGCUGGCCAGACCCCAGACAUCAUCUGCUCCAGCUAACAAAGAAACGCCAGCUAAGAAGCUGAAGAGAGAAGUUCCUGUGAGUGUGGAUGCACUUCAGUUUGUUAAUCACAUUGGCUAUUGGCCAUAGAAAUAAGGGCUUCUCGAAACAUUUCUACUGUCAGUCAUACACUGAAUUAAGUGCGGGCCCGUCUCUGACAGGAAACAUUGCGGAUGUGCUUAGUGGCAGUUUAAUCCAAAUUAGUUCUUAAUCUUACAGGCUUAAUUCUGCGGAAAGGCGCAUCAUAUGACUUUUGAAAGGUACACGGGAAAUAAUAAUAAACAAUAAUAAAUUUUUAUUUAUAUCCCGCCCUCCCCAGCUGAAGCCGGGCUCAGGGCGGCUAACAACAAUAAAAUAAUACAACAUUCUAAAAUCAUUUCAUUAUAAAAUUAAUUCAAAUCAAGUUGAUGGCAACCAUUGGGCUAGAGUUCUGUGAAGAUUGCCAAAGGAGGGAGUCAGGCUGUGCCCUGGCCAAAGGCUUGGUAGAACAGCUCUGUCUUGUAGGCCCUGCGGAAAGAUGUCAAGUCCCGCAGGGCCCUAGUCUCUUGGGUUGAUACAGAUUUUUAUUGUUUUGUUUUGUUUAAAGAACCCUCUGGAAUUGCAUAUGACAAUGAAGACCAUGUGCCUCUUUACUUAGAUUUAAGUCCCUGUGUGUGCAAUGGAAUUUAUUCACAGGUAGGGGUUUCUAGGAUUGUAGCCUAACAGUAGUGCUAUUGCAUGUCUGCUUGGAAGCCUUAACUGAGUGUCUUGCAUUUACUCCCAAGUAAGUUUGCAUAAGUUACCUUCCAGCGGGAAGGUAAACGGCGUUCCGUGUGCUGCGCUGGCUCGCCAGAUGCAGCUUGUCACGCUGGCCACGUGAUCCGGAAGUGUCUGCGGACAGCGCUGGCUCCCGGCCUAUAGAGUGAGAUGAGCGCACAACCCUAGAGUCUGGCAAGACUGGCCCGUACGGGCAGGGGUACCUUUACCUUUUACCUUUAAGUUUGCAUAGGAUUAUAUUCUUAGUCUAUGAUAAACUUUGUUGUAUACUUUUUGCCUCAUUAUAGAAGGCAACUUCUUGACUAAGGGAUAAUGAUUGUGAGAUAGUUAUGCAUGAAAUAACAUGUGCGUUUAGAAAUUUUCCUUUUCUUCUCAAUUUGCUGCUAUCCCUUUUCCCCUUCCCCUUCUACUGAAGCAGCUUCCCACUGUGCGUUUCUCUCUUCCCGCAGAGUAAUUUGGUGGAAGAGUAUUUUGAAGCACAUAGCAGUUCCAAGGUUUUAACUUCUGACCGAACACUUCAGAAGCUACAGAAAGAGAAAAUGGAUCAGGUACCGUAUGUGCUAUGAGGGACUAUUUGUAUUAGAAUUUCCUUUUGAGGUCUUUGUUCAGAGAAACUUCUAGCAACCGUCUCUGUGCUUGUUCUUGGAUGGACCCAGUGGUUGGUUCAUUGGUUGGUUGAUUGGUUUAUUUUACCUUAUUGGUGGUAGCACAGUUUGAGUUGUAAUGCUGAAAACAGUGAGAAAUACCGUAUUUUUUGCUCUAUAAGACUCACUUUUUCCCUCCUAAAAAGUAAGGGGAAAUGUGUGUGCGUCUUAUGGAGCGAAUGCAGGCUGCGCAGCUAUCCCAGAAGCCAGAACAGCAAGAGGGAUUGCUGCUUUCACUGCGCAGCUAUCCCUCUUGCUGUUCUGGCUUCUGAGAUUCAGAAUAUAUUUUUUCUUGUUUUCCUCCUCCAAAAACUAGGUGCGUCUUGUGGUCUGGUGCGUCUUAUAGAGCGAAAAAUACGGUGCUUUGCAGUGAAAAGGGCUUGGUUAAGCUAGAAGAGGGGUGUGGAACUUCUGGCCUGCAGGCCAUUCUUGCCUCAGGGCAUUUUCCACAAACCAUGCCCACCCGCCAAUCAGCUUGCAUCGCUGUUGAUGUCAGCUGGUGGGCAGGACCUUUUGGGAAAGCCCACCCAGCCACCUCACAUUGAUCCCAUCCUCUCCCAAAAAGAAUCAGCAUGGGGAAGGCUUUCCAGCCUGCUUUCGUUGCAUGUGCAGCAAAAGCAAGCAGACCUGGGUUUUUUCUUCAUCGCUUUGUAAUGGAGCAGUCCCUGCCAAAGCCAAUGUCUGCUUUAGAAAUCAUCUCUGACCAGCGUUCGAAACUCACAUUGUUCUAGGGCGCAUUUUGCGACAGGGAAUUUCAUUAGCGCAAGCAGUUUCUGAGCUCUGGGCGCAGUACCGCACCUAAGAUUUCAGAUUAAAACUGCAGAGUGGAAGGAAAGGAGGACCUUUUUCUGUCUCCCCACUUCCAGCUACUCUCUGAAGACUGGAGAAGAGACCCUCUUAAGAAUACUAGGGGGGUAGGCAGGGGAAGGACUAGAUCGUGUGAAAAAUGAACAUAAUAUUUUAGCUGCAGUUCAUUCAUUUUCAACUUCACAUUUUUGUUAUUAAAAAAGUGUGCCUAGACAUUCCGUUGUUGCGCCCAUAACUUAACUUUAAGGUGCCAUUGAGCUCCUAGCCUUCAUAUCUCAGUUUCUAACACUGGCUCUGGCAGAUACUGCUCCAUCAUGCAAUGCUGAAGAAACAGGCACUUCUUUCCCUGCUGAGACAGAAAAGUGGGGCCUGGCUGAAAACAGGUACCCUUUGCAGCAGUUUCUCCCUCCCUGUUUUAAUUAGAAAUGUAUUGCUUCAUAUCUUUCAGCCAUGCACCUAUUCUAAUGGCUUAUUUUCCCCUUCCUGGUCUAGGAGUCCCUGCAAAACAUCUUGAAUAAAGUACCUGUUGCUUUUGCUUCGGAAUGUGAGGCAUUAACCAAGCAACAUGAAUCUCUCUUUUACAAAUGGAUGUUGCAACUGCAGUAAGUAUCUGGUGGGCUUCUGUAAGAACAUGCAAUAUACAAUGUUCUCUUGAAACAAAUUGAAGUUGUAAUUAAGCCUAAUUGUUUCUUAGGCUCGGAAAUAGUUUCCAUUGAACAAAACCACAUUCACUUCCCAUGGUACAGUUAGUGUAUUUUCUGGAGUUGAGGUCUUUAGAAAAGGAACCUCAUGUGGAUGAUGUUUGAGGGAUGGAAAUGCUUUCAGCCUGGUUUCUUUAGCAGAUAGGAAACUAUCUCAUAUAAAGCAGUCACAAAUCUUCUGGGUGAUAGCUAUUGGUUUUCUAUAACAGAAAAGUACAUGGGAUUUAAAUAGAUCCUAGAUUGUAGAGGUCUAUUAGCUAAUUGUCAUAGCCACUUUCCAGAUUGAAUAUAUGGGAGUGAAGUGCAGAUUGGGUGCUGUUCACAGUACGGCUGCACUUAUUUCCAUUCCACUGAAGACACUGCAAGUUGACAUCAGGAAAAUAAACAGAUAAUAGGCAUAGAUGCUGCUUUUAGCAUUUAUGAUGCAGAACUGAAGCCAAAUGUAAGUGUAGGGCCCUUAUUACAUUUCUGUUCUCCAAGUUGCUCAUUGCUCUCCCCACCACCACCGUUUUAUCUUCACAACAACCCUGUGAGGUUGGUUUGUCCUAGUGAACUUAAUGGGUGGGUAGGGAUAUGUAUAUACAUCUCUCCGGUGUGACACUGUAACCUCUACGUCACAUCAACUCUCAAUGUUUAUCACUUGCAGAUUAAAAAAAAGAAGGCCCAUACAGUAGUUUUGUUGCAUACAGUGGUACCUCGUGUUACGGACGGGAUCCGUUCUGGAGGCCCGCCCGUAACGUGAAAUGCCUGUAACUUGAAGCGCUGUGUCUGCGCAGGUGCGCGGCGCAAUUUGAUGCUUCUGCGCAGGCGCGCAGCGCGAUUUGAUGCUUCUGCACAGGCGUGAGUAGCGAAACCCGGAAGUAACCCGUUCCGGUACUUCUGGGUUGCCACGGGACAUAACGCAAAAAGGCGCAACAUGAAGCAGACGCAACACGAGGUAUGAGUGUACUGUACUUUGCUUCAGAAUUGGAAUUGUCUCUCUUCCUCUGUUGCUUUGCAAGUAGGCAGCAAACAAACAUGACAGUGGGAAUCUCAUCUUUCCACUGAGCAUUUAGUUUUGCUUUUCAGGACUGGAAAAGGAUCGGCGAUUUCUUCAAAGAUACUAAAUUUAAACAAACUUCAAUUGUUGUUGUUAUUAUUCGGGAAUGAAGAUGGAAUAAGUGUUUACAAAGAAAAAACAAAUACAGUUCUAACUGUCAGAAUAACAAAAUGUAAAAUACUGUUCUCGAUAAGAACACUUUCAAUAGGUUAUGCGCUAUAUUGUAAAUUUCAGAGAUGUUUUCUUUCUUGCAGCCUAGGAUUCAAUAUUGUGCUAUAUGGAUUAGGUUCAAAGAAAGCUCUGUUGGAGAAUUUUCGCAUUUCUCUUCUUCAAGAUUCUGUUCAUAUUGUUGUGAAUGGGUUCUUCCCCAGCAUCACAGUGAAAUCGGUAAGAAAAAAGAGACAUACAUGCAUGCAUGCAUUCAGAGAAGUAAACAAAAGCUUCAAUACAGACUGCAUGGUUUAUUAAUAGGUUACUGUUAUUUAGAACACAGCUCAAAUGAAGUUGGUUUACAUUCGGUUCACCUCUUAAUUCUAGCAGACAAAGGCUCCAGUACAUAAAGGCAGUCCAUGGUUUUGGUUUGCUUUGACUUCCUAUAUGGGUCUUCAUUUGCAAAUGCUGUUCAUGUGAAAGGGCAGGUUGCACUGGUUGGAACGUAGAAAAACCUGCCUAAUGCGUGUUUUAAGUUUAUACUUAAUAAACCUGCAAACUGCUAAGGAUUGUUUCAGAUAUUGCGAAGUUUGUAUAUGGAAGGCUCUUCUGUGUAUUGUAUGUGUGGAUGUUUUCGCUACAUGUUGCUUUCAAUAUAGGAAUUCUGUGAAAUAGUCUUAAUAUUGAGACAGGUUUUUAACUUGAGUUAAGCUCUCUUUGAAAAUCCAUGCUUAAAAAACAACAACACAGUUCCAAAGGAAAAUGGUGACCUGCUGUUUUUCUGUGCCAGAUUCUUAAUUCCGUAACAGAGGAGGUGCUGGAUCAUGCGGGCACUUUUCGCAGCCCCCAGGAUCAGCUGGACUUGAUUGUGAAAAGAUUUAAAGAAGGUAAUACAGAUGGGCCAAGAUAUUAGAAGUUCGGAGUCUUCCUAAGUUAAAAAAAAAAAAUGGAUGAUUUGGUUUACUCAUAUAUUUAUUGCCUGUUCAAAUACAGUGAUUAUAAUGGUGCUUAUUCUGGCAAUUCAUCUAGGAUUCAAUACCAAUUUGUAAAACAUGGGACUUGCUCCAGUAGGCUUCGAGUUAUUGCUGUGGAUCUACACAUUCAUUAUGGCUGGGAUUGAUAACUAGGCAUUAGUUUCAACUAAACAGUUGGGCAGUUCAGUCCCACCUUGAUAGUGCAACAGUAUUUUAUGCAAUUAUCAGCACAGAUCUAGACUUCUAGGUUUGAGUGGGGAUGUUGCUCAGUGAUCAAAUGAAAUGAGUAGAGUUUUUUUUAAUAAGAAGUUUUAUUGAUUUUCAGUGAAUAAACACAAUUACAAAGAGUUUUUCCCAUCCCAAUUUUGUUUUAAAAAAACUAUCCUUAAACUUUAAUAGCGUAAACCAUAUACUAUUAGCUAAAGUAAUUGGUUAAAAGAUGUGACCUGCAUGACCAAGCAGCCUCUCUCAAUGAGAGACGAACCAGGUGUAUCACUUAAUCCCAUCUCAACUUGCCCCCUCUCCCUACCAGGGCAGAUCAGCCUGUUUAGCUUUGCCAAAGUCCAGUUUGUGAUUCCGAAGGUUGCCAUUUUUCAGGAUUAUCAUUGGAAUAUUUUAUAAGAGAAUGCCAGAUUUCAAUAAAUUCAUUGCAUCUCUUGCAUUGUUCAAUGUGUGUAGUCUCUUUGUUAAUUUUUCCGAUAUAGUAGUUGUCCGUACAUUAUGUUUCCAGCGAGAUAUAUGCAGAUGUUCUUGUCCUUUCCAGUUCUGUGCUACUAAUAAUACAUGCUGCCACCUGAAGAAACGUGGCUAAUUCUUUGUAAGGAAAGCCAAGUUGCUCUUCUUUGAAAAUGGUUAUCAGCCCUAAAUUUGGAGUAUAUUGCAUGUGCAACAACAGCAGCUUAUUUAUACCAUGCCCAUCUGGCUGGGUUUCCCCAGCCACUCUGGACAGCUACCAACAGAAUAUUAAACCUUAAAAACUAAAAAAUAUCAAACCUUAAAAACUUGACUUGUGAUAUGGCUUAUUUCCAUAAAUAUUGUUAUGAGUUUGAGGGUGCCAGACUCACUUAAAUUCCUGGACCCCCAAGAAUUUAGAAAUUAAUGAAGCCGCCUCCUAAGAUAAUGCAGGUAUUUCAAAAAUGGCACAUAAAAGUGUUAAACUCAAUGUGUGGCAGUUUUAGAAUUGAUUUUUUGCAGCAAAAUAUAUUCCUAAGUAAAGUGAAUCUAUCUUCCCUUAUUAAGAAAAUUCACUAUUCAGGAUACCAAAAUGGGCCCAAUCAAGGUGCAGUAGUGGGCCCUGGAAUUCUGGCAUCCUAGCCUUUUGGGAGAUGAUUUCAGACCACCAGCAACUGUGUUUUCAAUAAGCUAACUUAGUUUCUGUAUUUAUAUAGCUACACAUAAUGGGAGUUCUUUGGGAAACUCAUAACGAAACCUAUCCUCCCUCAGCUCCUCAGUGAGUUGCAUACAAUGCUCUCCAUACACUCUCUUUGCUUUUAGAUACUUAGAAGUAGUAGAAGGAGGAGUAGAAGGUUGGAGCAAACACAUUAAUCCGACAUCUUGCCAGAUGAUCUCACCAUCCCCCUCAGGGUUUUUUUAAAAACUGAGGUCCAGCUCCGAGGGCCUUCUGGCGGUUCCCUCACUGCGAGAAGCCAAGUUACAAGGAACCAGGCAGAGGGCCUUCUCGGUAGUGGCGCCCUCCCUGUGGAACGCCCUCCCACCAGAUGUCAAAGAGAACAACUACCAGACUUUUAGAAGACAUCUGAAGGCAGCCCUGUUUAGGGAAGCUUUUAAUGUUUGAUGUAUUACAGUAUUUUAAUGUUUUUUUGGAAGCCGCCCAGAGUGGCUGGGGAAGCCCAGCCAGAUGGAUGGGGUAUAAAUAAAUUAUUAUUAUUAUUAUUAUUAUUAUUAUUAUUAUUAUUAUAGCAAAAUUAUUCACAUUCAGUUCAUUUCCCAGUCUCUCUGGUACUGAAUCUAAAAAAUGCAAAUGAUGAGAGAAGUUUUAAAACAAAAUUUUGGGUGGGAAUCUGGAUUACAAAAUAUUAUAGCAUGGGUUAAAAUGGAAUUCUUUUAUUCAGAAUACAUGUUUGCAUUACUAGCCAUGAAUCUUGGAUUCCUGGACACAUAAAUAUAGGUUGUUUUUACCUGAAUGACUGGUCCUGUGAUUUUUGGAGGUGAUGAGCAGCCACAGAAAGCUUGUCAGCAUUUGGCUGCAGCUAGGUGACUUUCCUACUUCCUUGACACCCUGUUUUUAACCCUUGUACUUCUUCUCAUUUGCUAGAUCCUUCACUGGAGCUCUACCUGCUCAUCCACAACUUGGACAGUCCAACAUUGAGAGGAGACAAAAACCAACAAAUCCUAGCACAAUUGUCAUCUCUUUCUAAUAUCUACCUCAUAGCAUCUAUUGAUCACAUUAAUGCACCACUCAGUGAGUUCUUAGGCCUUUCAGCACUCUAGCUUGAAAAAUUCAUCUUAAGUCAGUGGGAACAUCUGUUUGGUGCAUAUGUAAUGCAUUCUGUGGCUGUAUUUAGAUGCAUUUCUUAACCAUGGUUUGGUAUUAUAGCUGAACACAAGCUUGCCCACAAACCAGGUAUUAGCAUUCUGUACCUGGGACGCAGGUGGCGCUGUGGGUUAAACCACAGAGCCUAGGACUUGCCGAUCAGAAGGUCGGCAGUUCGAAUCGCUGCGACGGGGUGAGCUCCUGUUGCUCGGUCCCUGCUCCUGCCAACCUAGCAGUUCGAAAGCACCUCAAAGUGCAAGUAGAUAAAUAGGUACUGCUCCAGCGGGAAGGUAAACGGCAUUUCCAUGCGCUGCUCUGGUUCGCCAGAAGCGGCUUAGUCAUGCUGGCCACAUGACCUGGAAGCUGUACGCCGGCUCCCUCGGCCAGUAAAGCGAGAUGAGCGCCGCAACCCCAGAGUCGGCCACGACUGAACCUAAUGGUCAGGGGUCCCUUUACCUUUACCCGGGUUUUAGUCAUUAAUAGUUAUGGAGUCCACAUGGCAUCUUAGACCAAUUGAGUUUGUAGUGUUGGUCACACUGGUGUUCCAACUUGAACUGUUUACAGGAAGGGUGGGGAACCACCAGCCUCUCCUCCUUGUUCCCACUGUGUUUUCCCACACAGAGCCCGAGAUUUGGGGAGCAUCCUCCCACCCCUCCCAAAAAUCUCCACAUAAAGUGGAGUUACAUAAUUUUUACUUUUCCUUUCUUUUCUGCUCUUGUAGUGUGGGAUCAAGCAAAGCAAAGCAUGUAUAAUUGGUUGUGGUAUGAAACGACCACUUACAGUCCUUAUGUAGAGGAAACAUCCUUUGAGAACUCCCUCUUGAUACAGCAAUCCGGGUCUUUGGCUUUGAGCUCUCUCACUCAUGUUCUGCGCAGUCUCACUCCUAAUGCAAGGUAAGAACUCUUCUGUGAUGUUCAAGUGUUGGGGAGCUUCGCUGCGACCAGGGGGCUAAUUCUCGGGGGGGGGGGGAGGAGUGGUUUUUAAAUAAAGCUUCAAUGUUGGAAACGGAAAUCUGUUUUUUCAUAUUACAAAUAGGGAAACAAGACCUGAAUGCUAUUUUCCUAGUGCCUCAAGUUCAUGUUGCCUAAUAUUUGCUAGAAACACAGCAGUGGGAGACUCCAGAUCUUUCCCUGCUCUAUUGUAGAAUCUACAGUGUAGAUCAUGACUAAUAUAGCCCUACGGAUUAUCUUCAUUUUCCCUUUUGUUUUCUCACAGAAAUGAUGUUUCCCACAUUUCUGUAUCAACAGAAAUGAUGUUCCCCACACAAAAUUAUUUGUAGAAUUAGUAUAGCGGACGGGAGAUUUUAAAAAAAGGUUUUCCUCAGAAGGAAGUCUGUAAGGUAAAGGUAAAAGGACCCCUGACCAUUAGGUCCAGUCGUGGCCGAUUCUGGGGUUACGGCGCUCAUCUCGUUUUAUUGGCCGAGGGAGCCGGCGUAUAGCUUCCGGGUCAUGUGGCCAGCAUGACAAAGCCGCUUCUGGCAAACCAGAGCAGCGCACGGAAACGCUCUUUACCUUCCCGCCGGAGCGGUACCUAUUUAUCUACUUGCACUUUGACAUGCUUUCGAACUGCUAAGUUGGCAGGAGCAGGGACUGAGCAAUGGGAGCUCACCCCAUCGCGGGGAUUCAAACCACCAACCUUCUGAUGGGCAAGUCCUAGGCUCUGUGGUUUAACCAACAGCGCCACCUGUGUCCCUAAGGAAGUCUGUAGUUGGGAAUAAAUGUGGAUUUUCAGCAAUGGUGUAAAGGGAGAGGGAGCAAAUGCUUUGGUACACAACAGAGGGAGCUGUUCCAGUUCUGGGUGGAAUCACUGCAGAAAGUAUAAAGCCAAGAACAGAAAUAGGAUGUUAAAAGUGGUUGCAUGCACAAUUAAGCCCUUUUUAUUUUCAAAACAUGUUCCCUCCCAUAUUGUAAGUUAUGUUUCUAGUCUUAUUUAAAGAUACUUCUUUUACUUACCAGGGGGAUUUUCAGACUUUUGGCAGAAUAUCAGUUGGAAAAUAAGGAUAACACCUCAUACCCAGGUAACUCAAUAGACACAAAUUCUUAAUUCUUUCUGGAGGUCAAACUAGGGUAGCAUUGGACAUGAGCUUUAGCCUAAGUCAUGGAUUCUGAGCACAAUGCCUAUAUAAAUGUGAUUGUUGUAAACAAAAAUUGCCCUUUUCCCUUAUGGGGUAUCCAAGAGCCCAUAUAGAGUCCUUACAUGGGUUCCCUGUUGGUAGGAGAAGAUAACAGAGGCCAACCAGAGAAUAUUGAGAAGCAAAGCAGCUAGUAAGCCUGAUCUUUAUUGAUUUGUUGCAACAGGGUGCUCCCCUCACCCACAGAAGAGGAGGAGAAACCCAGAAAAAUGGCGCGCAAGGCCUUAUAAAGACUUUUGAAAUUGCCACCCUGUAGAUCAAGACCACCCCAAGAAACAUCAUACAUACAUCACAGAAGGGGUGUAACCUAAGACCACCCCUCAGAUACAUCAUACCUACAUCACAGAAAAGGCGGUCUUAAAACAGAAAUUAGAAUGUUGUUUUUCUCCUGUUGUUGUUUAUCUCCUGUCUGGCAGGUUACUUGAUUGGAUUGCCUGGGUAGCCUGGCCAGUCUUUUGUAAUGAUAAAUACUUAGUUCCUGGUCCAUGUCACAGGCUCACACCCUAUUCAUAUCUUAAAUGUGCCCUUAAGACAGGAUUUGUGUGGAAAGAGACAAUGGGGAGGUUUCCACUUUGACCUUGCAGAGAAAACAUUUGCUCAGUUUAGGAAUCAAAAUGGUUCGAGGUCGGUCUUCUUGUGCUGAUCUAUGUACGUGCUUGGUUGGUACGCUUAUGAACAUUACCAUAUAUCUAAGACCAUAAAAUUCCUAUCACAUGAUGAAACUUCUGUUUUAUGUAAGUAUCAAUUGGUACUGGGCAUGUGGACACUUGCUGCAGCAAUUCAUUUGAGUGGGCGAGUUUGUAAGCUCUUCCAAUUGUCAGGAAACUGGCCGCUGAAAUGUAGCAUUGCUUUGAACUGAAUGAGAGGACCAGAGUAGGGACUGAAGUGUACAAUAUUUGAGAGCAAUCUUAGAAGCCUUGCUUUCAGUGCUAUCUCAGGUACGAAAAGAUCCAGAAAGGAAAAGUUUUGAGGAAAUCAACCCCUUCCCCCAUUUUUCGAAUUGCAAUCUUGAGGGAACACAAUGGUGGGGAGACAUUUCUAGUGCAUAGCUUUCUCAAAGAAAAAUAUUCAUACUACCUUUUGAAUAAAACCUCCUUCAAGCAUCAUACAGAUCUCGUUAGCAACAUUGAUUUUCAUUUGAGCAAGACCUCGCUUUUAAUGCUGGGCGUUCCAUUGCUUCUUUUCCCCUGCUAGGACUUUCCUUCCAAGAUUUCUACCAGCAAUGUCGGGAAGCCUUCCUGGUCAAUAGUGACCUAACUCUCAGGGCUCAGCUCACAGAAUUCAGGGAUCACAAGCUCAUUAGGACUAAGAGGGUGAGUGAAGUUGCUGUAGACAUGCUAAUGUGACUAUUUGUUUAACAAUGCCUAUGCUGCAGAAAAAAUCAGAGUGUAUGAUUCUGGGUACAGGGUGAAUGACAAUAGAACGACAAUUAAAUAUUUGUGGUGUAUAUUAAUAGACAGAAGUAUCACAUGUGUGUUCAUGGUAUUGAAACAAGCCAAAGGUUGCUUAUACUGUUGUGAAAGUUGCCAUCCAAAAUGUGGAAGCAGUCUUCUACAAAUUUCUGGUAGGACAUUGGAUCAUGCCUUUUGAGGAGGAAAUGUGCUUUAGUUUGUUCUAGUCACGUAGCAUAACUUGAGAGGGCAAAUCCUUAUCAGUGCAUGACUGCUAUUUGGAUUGAACAAAAAUGCUUUGUUAUUCUUAUGCCUCAGAACUAAUCGAAAUAGUGUGCUUGUUUUCAGGGUGCUGAUGGAGUUGAAUAUUUAUUAAUUCCUGUGGACGCUGGGACCUUGACUGACUUUUUACAGAAGGAUAAUGACAUUUGAAGGCUCUGAAAUGUGCAAUAGCAAUUGCUCUCAAGAGCUGCUGGAAUACUGCCUACAGUGUAGUCAAUUUUCAGAUCUCAGGAGUUUUUAUCUGCCUGUAAUAAUUGAGUAAAGCAUUGUUUGUGCAAAGCCAACUUUUAUAUGUAUCUAAAACUGCUUAGGUUUUCCACUUUGGAUGACGAUUUCCUCCUUUGUAUUCCAUUACAAAGAAAAUGUGACAUAGGAAUGUGCCUUUCUGCUCAUGAAGUAACUUGUGCUUGGAAAAUACACAUUGUUGGCUGUUAGCAGCUUAAGUUUUUCAACAAUGAAUGAGUAUGUCAUAUUUACAGACUACCUUAUUGGUUUUCUAAUAUGUGCCAUGUGAGAUAGAGAGGUGCCUGUACUUGGGCAAAGCAAAAUACAAACACCAGAGACCCGGGUUAUUUUGGACAAGUUUGUUGACGUUUUAGCCUUCAUUGGUAUACAAGCCAUUGUAAAGUUAAUAAUAAGCUGGCACCUGUCUCUGCAAUGUAAAGAAAAUGGCAGCUAUGCUGAUUUUUCAAACCAGCUUUCUUAAUGAUAACGUCCGAAGUAAUGAGAGGUAGUAUUUUGGUAUUUUUAAAAAAUAAUCUGAAUAAAAAUGUGUAGUUGUGCAAUAGUGGGUUUUUUUUUUGUAUGGUUCUAAAUAAAAAACAGUUUAUGGUCCU